UGACGCAACCAAAACAAAAAUCAGCUGUUUUGUUACAUUUGCUGUGCUCAAUGUGUCGAGUUGUGAUGAUAAUUAAAAAACUAUGCAAAACUAUUUAAUUAAAACGCCUAAACAAAGUACACAGGAAUAAUAAAAGAUUAUGCUGCAUUGCCCAAGUGCACAGACAAACACAUACACAGUCAGACACACAGACAAAACUCGUAAAAGAUAAAAAAAAAAAAACACUAAAAGCGAUAAGAGAAAUCCAAUCAAACGUGCCAAACAGCAGAAUACACCUAUACACCUACACACUGGGAAUAAUUAGAGCAACAACAGCACGUUAAAUAUGUUGUCUUACAUUAAGCGCAAACUCUCUGAAUCGGACAGCGGCGUCGCCAGCGGCAGCAGCAGCAACAGCAACAACAUUAACAGCACAACAGUAGCUGCAGAAAUUGUGCGGAAAACAAGUGAAAUGUCAUUGGACAGUGGAGUAAUUGCUUUUGGCGAAGACGCUCUGCUCCACGAGCUUGGUUACCGCAAUGCCACAGAUCUCCAAGAGACCAUCUAUGAUCUAUUGCGCACCAUACGGGAUCCAGAGAAACCUUGCACUUUGGAGGAUUUGAAUGUUAUCUAUGAGGAUGGCAUCUUUGUUAUGACUCCAACACGAUCCAAUGUCUCUGUGGUGCGCAUUGAAUUUAACCCCACGGUGCCCCAUUGUUCGCUCGCCACGCUCAUUGGACUCUGUAUACGGAUCAAGGUUGAACGUGGUCUACCCCAUAACAUCAAAUUGGAUAUCUAUAUAAAAAAAGGAGCACAUCAAACGGAGGAAGAAAUUAACAAGCAAAUAAAUGAUAAGGAACGAAUUGCAGCAGCCAUGGAGAAUCCAAAUUUGCGUGAACUGGUUGAGAAUUGCAUCAAAGAUGAGGAAUAAAUGUAGAAGCAGAAGGAGCUGUGCCCCUUGCGUGUAAAUAAUGAUUUAAGUCAAUUUAAUAUUAAGUCUACCAAGUGUUUGUGGCCUAUACUGUACUAUCCAGCAUUAAAUUUAAAUGAUAUAUUAAUUAACUGACUUAUCAUGAAAUAAGAAUGUACGAACAACGUCUGUCGAUUAAAUUUUGUUUAUAGAUCA